GGUGACGUCACUUCCGCCUAUAAACAAUCACCAUUUUGCCGGCAAUCUGUUUGCACAAAUUUUGUGCACAACCAUGGCUGGUGCAGCGGUUGCUGAUUGUAAACUCAAUACAAAAGUCAUUCAAGUUACAAAUGUAGCACCUGGAGCAAUUAAGGAACAAAUGAAAACCUUGUUUUCCUUUCUUGGAAGGAUCGAGGAAGUUCGCAUGUACCCAUCAGAUCUUGAAUGUAUCAAAUUUAUAAACAGUGAAUCUGACUCACAAGUAUCAGCUCGAGUAUGUUACGUGAAGUUCGAAGACCCAAGCAGUGUUGGUGUAGCCCUUCACUUAACCAAUACAGUAUUCAUCGACAGAGCAUUGAUAGUUGUGCCAGUAAUGGAUGGGAAAAUUCCAGAUGAAACUACCGCUCUGCAGCUUGCACCUUCAGCUAUAGCUGGAAUGAUUCCUGGCCAACCAACGUGGCCUAGUAAUGUUGUCAGCCAGAUGACUGGUCAAGGAAAUGGACAAGUUAUUACCACUUAUGAUCCUCGUUUGACUGCUCUUGGUUUAGCUCAGUAUCCACCUCUUCCAGGAACCACAGACCCCAGCAAAAUAGAGGAAAUUAGACGAACUGUCUAUGUGUUUAAUAUAGAUAGCUCUGUAACUGCUGAACAACUUUUAGCUUUCUUCAGUCAAGUGGGUGAAGUGAAGUAUGUCCGUAUGGCUGGCGAGGAGAACAUGCCAACCCGUUGUGCCUUUGUAGAGUUCACUGACCAGCGAGCGGUUGCUACCGUUCUCACCUAUAACAACACCAUGUUAGGUGGGCGACCUAUCAAGGUUAGCCAUGCUAAUAGUUCCAUUGUGAAACCAGUGAACAAAAACCAAGAAACAGCACAGAGGGAACUGGAGGAAGCUAUGAAAAAAGUAAAAGAGGCCCAGUCUCUUAUACUAGCUGCUGUAGAGCCAGAAAUCACAGAUAAAAAGAGAAGCCGUUCUCGGUCCAAAUCAAAAAGCCACAGGCGUCAUUCUCGUUCUCGAUCUAAGUCCAAACCUAAACGCCGUACAAGGACCCGCUCAAGGUCCCGCUCAAGACCAAGGCCCAGCCCCAAAAGACACUCAAGAUCACGUUCUCGACGUCGUUCUGUCUCUAGAGGUCGCCGAUCCAGAUCAAGGAAAAGGUCUCCUCGUAGGUCAAGAUCACAUUCCAGGCCUCGUCAUCAUAGAACUAGAUCCAGUUUAUUAUUUCCUAGGUCUCCUGUUGAGGUCAAGACCAAAAUGAGAAACCACAAUGACGAAUGGCACAUGCAACAUUUUAGGACACGUCACCCCCGAUCUCGUUCUAGGGGAAGAAAAUCCAGAAGUCCACAUCGCAAAAGAUCAAGAUCUAGAACAAGACGUACUCCUCCCAAAGCAUACAGUGCCAGACGUUCUCGGACUCCACCUCGACCAAUAAAGCGUCGGUCUCGUAGCCGAAGUCGACAAAAGUCACCAGUGAAAAAGAAAUACAUUAGCCCAUCUCCUCCUAAACUUACAAGGGAAUGUUCCCUUCCCCUGAAGGAUGAUGACAAAGACUCCUCUCCAGAAAGAAAAUCAAGUUCUCAUGAGAAGAGGAGUCGUAGUAGAACACCAAGCAAAAAAUCUCGAAGAUCUCACAGUUUCCUGCUCUCCUAUUUUCGCAACCGACCUAAUCGCAACCCUAGGCGCCGGUCUACCAGUCCUCCUCGUAAUCGACGCUCACGUUCACGUAGUGGUUCCAGACAUAAAUCAUCAAGGAGUAAGAAAAAGAAAGAACCGAGAGAAAGAAGCAGAGAGAGAAGUCGUGAAAAAGAGAGUAAGAGUAAGAAAAAACACAAGGAACACCGUAGUGACAAGGAAGAGAAAUCAUCCAUGAAGACAGACAGUACUCGUGUCACUCGUGACUAUGAUGAAGAGGAAAAGGGCUAUGUAAGUGGUGAGGGCAAGGCUGAGAAGGUGUAUACUGUUGCCAAUGCUCCCACAGUUACUGAACCUACAAUCAUAGAAGGUAGCCCUGAACGUGAGAGUGUUGUACCAUCUAGUAUAGGAGACCAGUUAGCUUCAGAUGUAAACCUUCAACAAAUGGACAUGGACAUGAGUGACUAGUAGGGCACACAAAUAAGAAUUGUUAUCUGCAUUUUCUCAUCUGUAAAAUUUUUAAUCUUGUAAUACUGACAUACAUAUAGAAUA